CGUCACAGGACCACCGACCGCACCAACUCCAUCCACGAAUCAUGGCGGACGCGGAGCUCAACGACGACGACCUUGUCGAUUACGAGGAGGAGGAGGCUGAGGAGACCAAGCCGCAAGAGGAAGUCAAGAAGGGCGGCACCUACUCUGGCAUCCACGCCUCCGGCUUCCGCGACUUUCUGCUCAAGCCCGAGCUGCUGCGCGCCGUCGUCGACUGCGGCUUCGAGCACCCCUCCGAAGUGCAGCACGAGUGCAUCCCGCAGGCCAUCCUCGGCAUGGACGUGAUCUGCCAGGCCAAGUCGGGCAUGGGCAAGACGGCCGUGUUCGUGCUCGCGACGCUCCACCAGCUGGAGGCCAAGGAGAACACCGUCUGCUGUCUCGUCCUCUGCCAUGCGCGCGAGCUCGCGUACCAGAUCUGCAACGAGUUCGAGCGCUUCUCGCGCUACUUGCCCGACGUGAUGAUGUUCUCCGCCACCCUCUCGACGGACAUGCGCGCCGUCUGCAAGAAGUUCAUGCAGGACCCGAUGGAGAUCUACGUCGACGACUCCAAGCUGACGCUGCACGGCCUGCAGCAGCACUACGUCAAGCUCGCCGAGAACGAGAAGAACCGAAAGCUCAAUGAGCUCCUCGACGCGCUCGAGUUCAACCAGGCGCCAAGCCAGCGGCUCUUCGUCAAGUCCGUCUCGCGGGCGAACGCGCUCGACAAGCUGCUGCAGGAGUGCAACUUCCCGUCGGUGGCCAUCCACGGGUCGAUGAAGCAGGAGGAGCGCAUCAAGCUCUACCAAAACUUCAAGGACUUCAAGCACCGCAUCCUCGUCUCGACCGACAUCUGGGGCCGCGGCAUCGACAUCGAGCGGGUCAACAUCGUCGUCAACUACGACAUGCCCGACUCGUCGGACACCUACCUGCACCGCGUCGGCCGCGCGGGCCGCUUCGGCACAAAGGGCCUCGCGAUCACCUUCGCCUCCACCGACGAGGACGCGAAGAUCCUCGAGGACGUGUCCAUCACGCAGCUGCCAGAGACGAUCGACGUCACCUCCUACAUGACCGCAUGAGCCCUGUUAAUCUCCGCGCGCGCACACAGCGCACGCCCUGCGCGCCUCGCGCCGCCGAGAAACGUGUGCGUUCCGGCGGCGGUCGGGCGGGCGAUCUACCGGGAGGGCGGACGCGCUGUGUGGGGGGCGACACGUCCCCGGAGGAGCCGCGCUCGCUGCGACACCUCAAGAGUGAGCCGUGUGUUUGUGUUCUGCGAGGGCGGGCGCUUCUUUUUGCGUAAUGUCUGUUUUCGUAUAUAUUGUGGGUUAUAUACGGUGACGCGGUGUGUCUUUGUGUGUCGUGUGUGAGACAGUCUGAGUCUCCCGCGUCCCGGGCUCCCACGCACCUCGGUCCUCGCACCUCGCACGGCGUGUGAGGUGUGUGUACUCUGUACACACCGCGCAGAUCACAGUGUAAAG